CCUCGCUUCUUCAGAUGGCUUAUACCAGGCUAUUUCGCCAUUAUGUCCACCCCACGCAACGAAGACGAUGUCUCUGUCCUAUCAUCGCCUCACCUUGGCAUCCGUCAUAUUUUAACACUAACUGAAGAGACACCUCUCAAGAACUCCUGGUUCCACGGGAAAUCGAUCACCAAUACAUACUCCCCCAUCCCAAACUAUCAUCCGCCAUCGAUUGAGCAAAUGGACCUUAUCCUUGAUCUUUUCCAAGACCAAAACAAGCUUCCUCUCCUCGUGCAUUGCGGCGGUGGAAAGGGCCGCGCAGGCACCGUUGCUGCCUGUUAUAUCGCAGCUUUUGGGUUUCAAAAGCUUAGCUUUGAACGAACACAGCCUGAGUUUCCAGCAGCGGAAGCUAUGGCGCUACUCCGGUCGUUAAGACCUGGAAGCAUUGAAACCUCGCAUCAGGAAGAGUUCGUUUCCAAAUGG